GGGCAAAGACAGAUCUGAGCCAUCCAAUUUGAUUUGGCAGUCGAUGGGCAUCCGGGCCAUAUUCCUGAAACCCGGUCCGAGCCCUGAUCGGCCCGGCCCGGCCCGCCUAUUUGCUCGCCUUUGAAGAGUCGAGAGGAAAAAGGCAUUUAGCGCUCGCGAGGGCGAGCAGCGAGCCCUAGAGCGAGAGCGGUCGGAUCGAACCGUGUAAAGAUCAGCAGCAGCAGCAGCAGCAGCGUUCUUCGCCCGCUCGAACAGAGUCCUCUUUCUCUCUCUGUCUGUGCUUCGCCUCCGUCUUCGCUCUUGGCCAAGGAGCCCUAGCGUUCGUCUUCUUCGCGGCGAUGAAGCUCGUCAGGUUUUUGAUGAAGCUGAACAACGAGACCGUCUCCAUCGAGCUCAAGAAUGGGACUGUGGUUCACGGCACCAUCACAGGUGUUGAUAUUAGUAUGAACACACAUCUCAAGACUGUGAAGCUCACAUUGAAAGGGAAAAACCCAGUGACUCUGGAUCACCUGAGUGUGAGGGGGAAUAAUAUCCGUUACUACAUUCUUCCAGACAGUAUAAAUCUUGAAACUUUAUUGGUGGAAGAGACGCCUCGGGUCAAACCGAAGAAGCCAACUGCUGGGAGGGCUCUGGGACGAGGUCGGGGCCGUGGACGCGGUCGCGGACGUGGACGCGGGCGUUAAGUUUGCUGUUCGCUGUUUCAAAAUUUUUGUAUCAUCUCUGAGGUUGUGUAGAAACCGAGGGUGUUGCAUGAAAGACGUGUCGGUUCUCUGGACUUGAAAAAGAUUGGCGACACUGUACUCUAGUCGGAGUUUUAUGGUAGAAUUCUUAAACUGCGCCUGAAGUUACUUGCAAUUAUCAGUCUGGUAUUGUUGAUCAAAUUGACGAACUUUUAAUGGUA